UGGCGAACGGAUAAAGAUUUUUGUCUGGAAUUGGUCUCCAGUUGUAACAAGCAACAUUUACCAGUUAAUUUGCUUCGAGUAGAUUAUAACAGAAAUUAUAUCUGAUAUUGUAUCAUAAUCACCGCUGAGUUAAAUAGUUUUAAUUUAGUGACAAAAUGCCACCCAAAAAGAAAAAGAGUGGAAAGAAGAAGGGCCAGGGGAAGAAGAGUGGAAAGAAAUCUGGACGUGGUAGUCCAUCCAAAUCAUCUGUAGAAUCCUUGAACGAACUCUCGAAGGAAUUUUAUUUAGUACAAAUAAGGGAUUUAGAAAACAGAUUAGUGAGAUAUCAGAAAAAGUGCGAUGAACUUACUGUACGAAACACGCUCUUUCAAGACAAGUUUGAUCAGAUGGAUUCUGACAAACGGGAUACUAUAUCCUUCUGGAAAAGACAAGUGGAAACCAAAUCUGAAGAAUUGGCUGACCUCAAUGACCGCCUCAUUGGUCUUCAGCAAGCGAAGGAUGCCGAGAAGGAAGAAUUUGAAAGUCAGCUGAGUGCUUUGCGAGGGGAAUAUCAAGAAAUGAAGGACCAGCUAACAUCAGAAAACAUGAUUUUAGGUGGCAAACUUGCUUCUUUGGAGGAAUUCAAAGUUCAAAAGGAAGACCUAAUGGCCAAGUUUGCCCUGAUGGAGGAAGAACUAAAACAGAAGGACAAAGACCACAAAGAUUCCAUCUACUCCCUCGAGAGGAAAGCUGUCAUUGAUAAGGACAGGCUGAAAAAGGAAAUGAUAUUGCGGGUAAAUCAAGUUGCUGCUGAAUUUCGAAAGGUGUCCAACAAACAGAUGGCAGAAACGACAAAGCGGACAAUACGCGAAAAUGUGUCGAUCAAUGCUCAGCUGGCCAAGAUGUCUGACAAGACGAUGGAGUUGAUACAGGAGAAUGACGAACUCCGUCAGAAGGAGAAGACGCAGAGACAACACAUCGAACUGCUGGAAACCAACGAAAAGGACCUGCUUAAGAAGAACCACAGUAACCAGAAGAUCAUAAAAAUGUUAACUGAGAAAUGUCGAAAUCAGGAAGCAAUGAUUGCCGAGUUUGAGUUACGGGAGACAGAAUACCAGGAUCUGGAAUCAGAAUCAGAACAACUCAGAAAAGAAAUGGAUUCUAUAAAAGAGGAAAAUGAACAGUCGAUGCAGUUAAAGGACAGCAUGGAGGAGAAAAUAACACGUCUAACCCAAGAGUUACAGGAUCAGAGAAGGGAGAAGACGAAGGUAGAACAGGUUCUGGCAGAUGCAUCUAUGGCCAUUAAGUUGGCGUUGCGGAAAAUAAAGCCGGAUGAGGAGGGAGAAGAUUUGAGCGACAUUGAGCGCCAUGACCAGAUGCUGGAGCACCUGCUCAUUCUCCUCAACAGUGCAGCAGCUGUUGGAGUGGGACCCUGUCCCUCGGAACUAGGCAAGCAGUACGAAGAACGCACGAUACGUAGCCCCAGCAGGAUUCCAGGAAGUGGCAAGGGACUUCGACGAAGCCAGAUGACGCUAUCACCGAUAUCUCGAUCUGGAGGAACUUUGCCCCACUACAACUUGGGUGACCUUGGACUGAUUCCCCGGCCAAAGCGUUUCCCUCCAACAAACACGGAGAAAAUGAAUGCUCUGUCAGUAACUACUCGACUGGGUGCUCUGAGAAAGGUCCUCACACGAUCCAUUGGUAUUCAGACGGUCAGUGUUCCUAAGGCAAUGUUUUAUUCGGACCAGCUCUUAAGAAAAGUGUCCGAUUCUACACAGGCUGUAACAAUCCAGGAAAUUCAUUCCAUUUCAAAGCCAAGGUUGCCAACACCAAUCACUCCAUUAGUGACAUCGAAGACGAUUGCUAAUAAAGUUUUCUAAAAAUGAAAUCUGCAUGUGCACUGUUUAGAUCACAGAAUCACUUGUUUAUGUGAAUGGCAUUCUACUUUGUACAGACGUAUCAGACUUUAUGGAUUUGUGUUGCUGAAGACUGUUAAAGCUGGAUGCAUAACAUUGGCAGGGUUUAUUUUAUAUUAUAUUGUGCAUUACUUGUAAAUCAUGGAAUAUUAGUGACCAUAAAAUAGUCAAAUUAUCUAACUUUUUAUUUAAAGAAAAAGCAUACCAUACAAAUUUAAGGUUAUGAAGACAUUCUUUGUCCGACUGAAAACUUCAGUACUCAUUAAAUCCAGUAGGGUUCACCUCUUUGGUUGUAUCUAAAGACUAAUGCUAGUAUCAGACUACCAACUGUCAUAAUGUUUUUGGCCAACUUGUCAAUCUCUCGACUUCUACGACUGUCCAGUUGCUAGUCCGAGCCAGUUACAACUCAAUUUUUGUCGUAUACAACUCCUACGACCAAUUAGUUAAUCUGAGCGCACCUGUCGUAAGUCUUGAGUUGGCCAACUUAGUCGUGAGUUGAUACUCUGAGUCUAGCAUUAUUCAUAAUUAAUAUGUUGAUCAUUUUAAAUAAGAAUCUUUUCACGGUGAUCAAAGAAUCCCCAGACAUAGUUUACAGUAGUCUUUCUCAUAACCAGUUGAACCCCAUUUCUAAUCAAUGUAGAAGCAGAUUCAGUGGGAGGGAUUAGGGGACCACUCCCCUUGUGCUUAUAAUUUAAAGUCUUUGACUCAAGAUCACAGUACGGUCUACAGACUUUCAACUAAAUGCUUGUAUUGGUGAGACUUUUAACAUUUAUUUAGCACAGACCAAGAAAAUUGCAUACAGAAUAUUAUUCGCUCAAUAUUUAUUCACAUAGCUAAUAUUUUCUGUUUGCCAAUAUUUAAUGGUUUACAGUGAUGUUACAAGAUGUAUUUUUGGUUUGCUAAUAUUUAAUGGUUUACAGUGUGAUGUUAAAGAUAUUUUAGUUUCUUUUCUUUUCUUUUUUCUUAAUUUCCACUGAAAUACCUAUGCCUUGUUGCCAGUGUAUCUAUUUUGGGGAUUUUAUGUUACAAACUAACAUGAAAUCUGACUUUAUAUUUAAAAGGUGUUUUCUUCAGCAUAUCAGAUAUUUGUUUUUCAAUUAAUAUUUUUUUUAAACUGUGUACCAGGUAUGUAUGAUAGCAUAUAUAUGCAUGUAUUGUUAAUGAAAGUUUACAGAUUGUGUGCAAGUUUGUGUUUUUAUUAUCUGUGAUAUUUGUUUAUAUAUUUAUAUAUAUUAUUCUAUUUAUAUAUGUGAAAGUUCAGACCUAUGAAGUGAAAUGGAGGUAUAAUUUAUAAUAUAUUCUAUAUUUCUUUUUAAAAACAUUUGCAAAUAUUGAUUCAGAUGUCUUUUUGUUUGAUCAGCAAAUAUUUAGACAUUGUACAAUGUUUCGGCUCAAAGUAUGGGUAAAUAUUGGUCUCACUGUUGGAGGUUUUGUUUUUCUCAACUCAAUACCAUUAUGGCAGCUUUAAAGAAUUAAAUAGUCAUUAGAAUGAGUAGAAUCAAAAUUGUUGAAUGAUCUUAACUUGCCAACUCAAAAAUAAGUUUAGAACAAAAUAAUAUACCUAUAUUUACUUUUCAUGCUUAUAUCCACUAAGCCGUUACUGAUAAUAUUUCAAAUGCAUCACCAUUAAGGCAGGUAAAAAGUAUACAUUAAAAGAAAUAUUUUUAUACAGAACUUUAAUAAUGCAUGACAAAAAAUGUAGCUCAAGGUCUGGCCAAUGGCAAAGCUUAGCAGGGAUCAGGUGGGCAAAAUUUUUAAAAUGUGAUAGCUAUUUCAUUGGUUAAGAUGGACCCAAUACAUGCACUUACUAAUGUAUUUAGUUUAGACCGGUUCUUCAUCUAUGCAGUGCUAUUGCACAUACUGGAUUCAGUUUAAUGUUUUACAGUAAAUGAUCUCAUCUUGUUUCAGUUUGAUAAAACUAAUUAAGAUGUUAGCAUGGUUUGAUCUGAUGUGCAAGUAUCAAGUAACAUGUUUGAGAGUUGACAGAUUGGUUUACAUGUAUAUGGUAUUGUCGUACAGAUAGGACAAGCAUGUACCUAGAGCACCAUUUAGAAUUUAAAAAAAACAAAAAACAUUGUCAAUGGUCUUGGCUUUGCAACCUCAUCUGAUCUGGGCAAAUAUUCUACCAAGGUUAAUUAUUUAUUUAUGUAAUGUCUUAAUUUGUCAGCUUGUCAAAUGUACCAGUGAAUAGAAAUGCUCUAUUUUUAAUUAAAAAUAUGGAACCAGUCACAUUAAUAAUCUGUGAUCACGUCAUAGAUGUAGUACUGUUAGGAAAGCACCUGUACAAUUAGAUGAGCUGUUAAUACACCGAUAUACCGGUACUUUACUGUUUGUAUUGGCAGUCUGUCAAAAAUAAUUAAUAACUGGGUUGGGGUUUUUUUUAAUAAAAGGCUUCAUUUCUUUAUUUGAGAAUACGAGUACUAAAAAUAAAUGUUUGCUGUUCACAUUUAAUUCUUUGUUGUUUUUUCACCCAUUUCAUUUAAUGCACAUUACGGUUUGUUUCAUCUGCACUGACAAUUGUGGAAGGCAAGAUGUGCUAUAAUGGUAGGGUUGCCAUGCAAAAGUUAGAUGGUAGAAAAAUUAACGAGUUAAUGUUUAAUGACAACCAAGCACAAAAACAAAAUCGACUACUGGGUGUCAAACAAAGGUAUGUGAUGAUCAACAUCAAUUUAAAAUUCCAAAAUUAUUAAUAGUUUAGACAGAUAGAAAAGACAAUGAAGUAUAUUAAUAUAAAAUAUAAAAAUAAAUUUUAUGAUCAGACUAUGAAAAAAGUGGUAAACAAACCAAUUUUGCACUGAAUUAUCAACGUAAAACGAAAAACAUAUUUGAAAAAAUUAUCAUAAAUGCUUAUAUAACCAUCUUAAAAUGUUGAAUAUGUGUUGCAUUCACCAAUUCUAAAGGAAACCCAUGAGAAUGUUGCCACCCCUGCACCAUGAUGAGGAACGGCCAAUGUAGGAGGUAGGGUGUGUGUGACACUAACUGGGAUUAUCUUUGCAUGCCUUUCAGACUUGUUAAAUUAUCUUUACCAGUAGGCUUGUCCAUCUAUAUACCUACUAAAAUGUCACAUUGUGUGUGGUUAUUAGAUGACUUAACAAAAUCCCAAGCAUUAAUGUGUAAUGGUAUUUUUAAAUGAUCCAAAAUUCCAAAGAAUAUUGUAUGUUAUGAAUGUAUGUUGUACUAAAAAUCUUCGAGUCAAAAAAUAAUAAUUUACAUCACAAGACUAAGAUUUAUUCUGACAUUUGACCUUCAAAUACAGUGUAGCCAUUAGUAGCAAAGGAUCUUUUAUAUGCACAAUUCCAGACAGGAUAAUAUAUACCAUGGUCUUUGUCAUACCAGUCGUAGUGUAGAAUAAUAAGGACUUGUUAAAAAAAUAUCUCGAAUUUGUUUUAAUGACAAAUGCACAAUUACCAUAUAGAAUUUGAUGAAAUGUAUAUGAAAGUAAGUUACACAACUUUUUCCUUAUAUCACUAAUAGGACUACACAAAAUGUAACUGGGAAUCUGUGAAUUUAAAAACCCCAAAACCAAACUGUUUAAUAAAGGGAUCUUUUACAAUUUUCUUAAUCACAAGCAGUUGUAUAUCUCUACAUCUUGUUUACUAAAUACAUGAAACUGGUAUGGCACUGUUGCAGUCUAUGUAUUACAUGUAAGUGGAUAAUAAAG